AAAGUCACUAACGAUUCUUCAAUUUGUUUCCAACUUUGACAUCAUAUUCUGUUUUGUGACAUAUCAAAAAUUUGUACCGACGAGAUAUCCCACACCCUACAUUUGUCAGCUGAUCUUGUGACACAAAUGGUGAAAGAAGGUAUAAUGCAGAAUUCGGUUCAACCCUCGGAAAAUAACGAUGACAAUGAUAAAGUUGAUUGGUAUGGUUCUGAUGAUUGGAAUUCCAAUAAAGCUGAAUAUGAAGAUAUUCAUGAAAAGUUAGAUGAUUUACAUUUCGUAUUGGAUUUCCUUGAGAAAAAGAAUCGCAUGAUCCAGGCUGAACUAAUGGAGCUGUUACAAUCAAAUCGUGAAGCUAGAAAACAAUUUCAAAAUGCAUUAAAUAUAAAAAAAUAUGAUAACCAUAUAAACGAUACAGAAAAGAUAUAAAAAAAAAAAAAUUUUAAUAUUUCAUCAGUUUUAUAAUUAUAACUUCUCUCGUCUAUGUAGUUUUGGAAUGUAUAUCGGAUUACAUUCGUUAUAUUAAAAUUAACGGAAAUGAAUAAGCAAUUAUAACUCAUACAUGCAUUAGCAUAUUAAAUAAUGGCUUUUACAAUUAACUGUAAUAGUUGCAUAAAGGUACAACGCAAUUAAAGAUUGUACAAAAGUAA